AACUAUGACUCGAUUAUCAAUUUUACAACACCUGUUAACAUUUUUAAUACUUUCUAAAAUCAAUGCGACAUCAACGACAGAAUCAUAUUUUGAUAGCAGUGAAGAAGCUCCGAAUGUUUUAUUAAAUCAUCUAAACAACGAAUCUGAAGGUGAAGAGCUCACUCAAAUAAAUGACACUCAGCCUGCCUUUGUCCCAGGUUCUUCAAAACGCCUUACUGAAUACUUACUUUCAAGACACAAUUUGAAUGCUCCGCCCGAUGGAUUAUUAUAUGUGGAGUACGAACUUGAACUGGUUCAUAUUUUGGGAAUUGAUGAAUUGAAGCAAACAAUGACCGUUCUCAUAUAUGUUGAUGAGCAUUGGGUCGAUCCUAGUCUUACCUGGGAUCCAGCACUUUUUGGAGGAAUCACGAAAACUUGGAUUCCAUUAGACAAGAUUUGGGUCCCAGAUAUCAUAGUUUUCAACAUGGUAAAAUCUAACAGGCUGGCACAUGAGGAUCUUCUCUCCGCUGUUCGAGCACCUGCUCGAAUUCACUAUAAUGGUACCAUUGUUGCGAGUCACCCGGCGGUGCAUACAGUGUCUUGCGAAAUCAACAUAAGACAUUUUCCACUUGACGAUCAACGAUGCGCAAUUGAGAUUGCUUCAUGGGCUUAUGGUCAAGAAAAAAUUCGACUUCAUGCUCACACAGAUCACUCUUUAGAACACUACAAGCGAAACGAGGAAUGGCAUUUGCUGAAUCUCAAUGUUUCAGAAGAAAAAUACGAACACGAGGGUGUCGAGGUGUCGGAAGUUAAAUUUGAAAUUUCCCUGAAACGGCGGCCACUAUUCUAUAUGGUAACAUUGACGUUUCCUAGUUACAUAAUGUGUGCGAUAUCUGUCGUGGGACUGUUUGCUCGGUUUUCUACAACUGGGGAAAGAGAAGAAAGAUUCACAUUAGGAGUAACUGCAAUCUUGACCAUGGCAGUUCUCUCUUUGGUGGUCAGUGAGAAAGUUCCGCACAGCUCUACACAUGUGCCUUUAUUGGUUGCUUAUUUUCUGUUCAAUAUGGUCAUCGUGUCGAUUGCUGCAAUGACAACUGGAAUCGUCAUGAAAGUUCAUCGUUUGGGACGAUAUGGCGACGAGCCAAGUGAUUUCUGGAUGAGGUGUUUCUUAUUGAAACCAGUGUUUCGAACAAGUAACCGCCGAAAGUAUCGAAUGAAUCCAGAAGAACCGACUCAAGUGAUACUUGUUUCUGAAGCAAAAAAUGGAGAAGUUCUCACAAAGAAAUCAACGGAGCUCAAUGGAACCGUGGUAAAAGAAAUUAUGCUUUCAAGCCGUCUAGAAGCUCUAGAAGAGUAUAUUCGCAAAAUGGUAAACCGAUGUGAAACGAUUAAGUGGGAGCUUGACGAAAUCGACGCAGCCGAAAACAUAGAGCUAGUUCGCCGCCGAUCAACAAAUGGAUAUGUUCGAAUUUCGGAACGUUUGGAUAUUUUGUUCAUGUUUCUUUUUCUGUCGACUGUAACUAUCCCCGUGGCUGUGCUGUUUUAUUUAACUUGAAGUUUUGCAAUUGCCAACAAAGACUUCUAAAACGGGUUCUAGCUGCAAUGGAUUCCAAUCGGUUUUUAAAACACUAUUUUUCUCUUCAAAAGUUACCUUUUCCUUACUAUUUGGUUGUCAAAAUUACAUUUAUUUGGAAAUUUUGUGAGUUUUAACUUGUAUAUAAACUUGUUUU